AUGUAUCGCCUGGGAUGCUUCAGAGAUGAUAUUGUGUUCUUCAUAUUCUUGUAUCAGCGCUGGAUUUACAAAGUCGACCAUAAGCGUGUUAACGAGUUUGGCUUUUCUGGUGAAAUGGAGCAACAGAAGAAAGAAUCUGAAAAUGGCAAUUUGGCCAUUGCUGAAGUUCCUUCGUAUACACUAGAAAAGACCAUGCCAAACCCAGAGGUGUCCGAGAAGAACUGCGAA